AUGAAUGGUUCAAGAAAGAGGCAGGUUGAGUGGGCAGAGCGACAUGAAAGGGGUGAGAAUCUGCGACAUCAACAGCCCUCACAGGAGGUCGGGUCUAGGGUUUUUCCAGUGACAAAUCAAGCACCAAUGCAACAACAAAUGUAUCCAUUCGUUCCCCCACAACAACACCAUCCUUCCGACUACGUUCAAGGACAAGCUCCUUUUGUUUUGGCAUCUCGAACAAACGAUAGUACGUAUAAUGGAACAGCGUUCCCGAUGGGAUUGAAUGGGACAGUGGGUCCUUCACGAAUAUCGACUGCGAUACCUCAGCAGCCGAAAAGUGCCAACCAAGUUGUUCCACCUACCGGUAUCCCAUUCGACAACGGGGAGCUUGCCCAGACAGUUCCUGGCUACUAUCCACAAGCACAAUUGAGCCGCAAAUCAGCAGAGGUCAAAACAUUUGUUCAAGCUUACAACACAGGGCCUGGGGCACCAGCGAAUAUGCAGACACCACAUGAAGCGAAGCAUUCAACGGGAAACACAGGGUUUCCUGGUCCUUAUCCAACGGGCACACAUGGUCCGAUCUACACAGCAGGUAUGAAUACGUCUCCUAAUCCCGAGACAACUGAUGAGAAUUUGAACCAUCAGAGAAGUAUAGAUGAAGAGGUAACGAAUAAUGGUGCCCAGAUUCAUGCACCAGGUGGUAACAUGAUGACUGCAGCUCUACGAUUCCAAAAUUUGCGUAAAUACCACUCAGAUCGAGCAAUACUGCGACUUCAUGAGUUUAUCAACACGAUUAACCAGUCAGGGCCAAAGAUGGCUGAUUCUGAAUAUUGGAGAAAGAAAAUGAAUGAAAUGUUCGUUCCUCGGGCGACUCUACGCUAUACAAAGAAGGUGAAUUCUGAAUACAAAUAUUUCGAGAUAGCAGCACUGAUGAUGCCUAUGAUGUGGGUGGCACUCAGUACUUUAGACGUUAGAAGGAUAGAAAUUGUAAUGAUGCAGUUGAGGGCAGAUACGCUCAGCAAUGGUAAUGUGUUUUUUCAUACUCCAGCACUGACGUUUUCCUAUCAUUAUUCUGAUGGAAGUCAGAUAACUUACCACGCACACAUGAAAGGUUCAUUUAGCCAAGCAUUGAAGCUUGAAUGGUUAGAUGUCUUGGUUCACAAGUUUACUCCGGGCUUGAGCUGGAACUCGAUGGAGAAAAUGUUAAGAACUAGACCAGAAACAGUAGUGAAGCUUUCACAAAGACUACUUGAAGCGAAGGAAAACGAUGCCAAAAUUGCUGAAAAAGGGAAAGACGCUGAGCAGAAACAGGAUGCUACUAUUCAUAACACAAUAAAGGAGCUGCAGUCAAAUUUCAAAGUGUUUAGAAAUAUAUCCGAUCAAGGGAUCCAUGAGGGGAUGAUGAGAGUUCUGCAAGUCGGCGAUGUGAUGUCCGCACUUACCGACGUCUACUUGUACCAGAAGGACCGAAAUAUCAAAAGUCCUCUUGAAUCUCUCAGUCUAUACGUGAAAGAUAUCAAAGAUGGCGCUAAUUCCAGCUCAAUGACCGAAAAUAUUGAUGGCAGGACAAGCGUAGAGAACAGUGAUACCUUCAAGACUGAAAGACUGGCCGCGGGGAGUGAUUCUAUGGCCAUGGGCAACGCUUCACCCGCAUGCUCCCCUAGAGAUGUUAAAGGAAUGAGAUCGGGCAGCGUCGAAUCUGUACCGGCUGUAAGAAGAAGAAGGUCUAACAAGGCAGUCUCACGAUCAGCAAAGACACCAUCGGACACAACACCUUCCCAUGACGAUCGUAACGGGAUACCUGGGACAAAGAAGAUAAAGUUCUGA